GCCGGAGCGGAGGAGACCCGGAGCAGCGGGCGCAGGGGGCGGGGGUGCGCCCGGCCCCCCUCCGCUCCGCAGCCAGAGCGGGGCCGCCGGGCUCUGUGCCGGCCCCGCGCCGGACUCGGGAGGAUGCGGAGCCAAGGCGGGCGGGAGAGUCUGUCCGAGUCCAGGGACCUGGACGGCUCCUACGACCAGCUGACGGGCAACCCGCCCGGCCAAACCAAAAAAGCCCUGAAGCAGCGACUCCUCAAACUGCUGCCCUGCUGCGGGCCCCAAUCCAUCCCCUCAGUCAGCGAAAACAGCGUGGAGGACGAGUUCGAGCUCUCCACCGUCUGCCAUCGCCCCGAGGGGCUGGAACAGCUGCAGGAACAGACCAAGUUCAGCCGCAAGGAGCUGCAGGUCCUGUACCGGGGCUUCAAGAACGAAUGCCCGACUGGCCUCGUUAACGAAGAGAACUUCAAACAGAUCUACUCCCAGUUCUUCCCGCAGGGAGAUUCUGGCAUGUAUGCUGCUUUCCUCUUCAAUGCAUUCGACACCGACCGUGACGGCUCUAUCAGCUUCGAGGACUUUGUGGCCGGUUUGUCCGUGAUUCUCCGAGGCACCAUAGACGACCGGCUCAGCUGGGCUUUCAACCUCUAUGACCUGAAUAAAGAUGGCUGCAUCACCAAAGAGGAAAUGCUGGACAUCAUGAAGUCCAUCUAUGACAUGAUGGGAAAAUACACGUACCCGGCCAUGCGGGAGGAGGCCCCCCGGGAGCACGUGGAGAAUUUUUUCCAGAAGAUGGACCGGAAUAAGGACGGGGUGGUCACAAUCGAGGAGUUCAUCGAGUCGUGUCAGAAGGACGAGAACAUCAUGAGAUCCAUGCAGCUCUUCGACAACGUGAUCUAGCCCCUGCUGGACCCGCCACCGGGCCAAGCUCCUGCUUCUCUCUUGUCUCUUCCUCUGAGACCCUCCCAUCCUGGCUGCGCAGCCCCCCUGAACGCUGCAGGGGAAGGAUUUCGGCUCCGGGAGACGUGGUGGCGGCACCUACAAUGGAGGGACCCUGGCCCUGGGGCUAGCUGCGGCUCUGCUUGCCAUGAGGACAUGGGCGUCCUGAGCCGCUCCUGGGGGCAGAGCGUGGGCACCACCUGGCAGAAGGCAAACCCUGUCCCAGGGCACCUGGACCCAAACGGACCCUCCUACGCCCAUAGCUCGGAAUCAGAGCUGCCUGGCUCCGGAUAGCACCCACCCCCUCCUGCUAGGUAUCCACUGCGCACCCCGGUUCACAGUGACCCCCGUCCUCCAGGAUUCAGAGCUGGCUCCCUUCCCUCGUCUCUGGCCCCAGCUCCAGGAUCCCACCUGGAACCCAAUUGGGAGUAUUGCACCCGAGGGCCUGCUGCAUGGGUUCCUCUGCAGCUCCAGCCAUUGCCAGCAGGGGGCGGAUUGCGUCCUGCACCCACCAGUUCCAGAUGCUUUCGUCAAACCAGGGCCGGUCCCGUUGCCGUUCAUCACGGGGGCCAUCACCCCUCCCCUGGUGCUGGGUCAGGGAGAUGCCCUCUGCUGCUUCCACCUUCCCCCAGUCAGGGUGGGCAGAGGAGCUGUGCCUGGAUCCCCUGGCGGAGGCAGGCAGGCUGGGCGCGUCCCUGAGCGCUCACGGGUUAGUCACCUGCAUUAGCCAUAGGGAGCAGGAGCUUGGCUGGGCUUAGCCAGCGACAGGGGAAUGAGGUGGCCCCUAGAGCCCAGGGGCAGAGGGAGAGGCUGGGGAACGGGCCGGGACGCCUUUCACCACGAAGCCCCCGUCCCAUCGGGAGCACUGGGGCAGUGACUGCCGGGGCCGAGCCAGGAGGCGCCGGUCUCACACCACAGCCCAGCCGCUCGGGGUGCCUGCACCGUGGGGGGCCUCCCGGCUCCCAGCAGAGGGGCUUGGCUGGGGGGGCUGGUUAGCGUGGCGGGCACCAAGCGCAGAUGAACUGUGGGGGAACUUGCCCAGCCUCUCCGGGACUGCUGGGGACAGAGGGGGCAUCAGGCGCCAGGAAUCCAGCUGGCACUUGGUGCCUGGGCAAAAUGUUUCCCUGAAAUGACCUAACGCAAGGGGCUUGGCCCUGGGGUGUCACUGGUGGGGUGGGGGGUGUAUUGGAGAAGCAGAGAGUCCAGUCCGGGACUGACAGCAGCCUCUCUGGGCGGCUUUUCAGUUCCUUGUGCUCUCUUGCUCCUGGUGCCCUGCUCUCUGCUGGCCCCAGGGCACAACCUGCUUCUUUCCUGCCUGAUGCUCCCCACUGACACUUCACUCCGGUCAGUCGCAGCGGGCGGCACGUGGCAGGGCCAGUGAGCAAUGCUCCCUGGAGAGCCCGUGGCUCUGGGGACUCCCCCGCCUUGAGAUCUCACCACCCCAGCCCUGAGCAAAGUGGGGCCAAGGCUGCUACCGCCAGCUGCACCCCAGAUGGAGGAGGGGGCUAGGAGCCCAGAGGGUGUCACUCAGGCACCUGCUGGGGGCCCCUGUGCUCAGGCCAACGUGGGCGGGUGAUGGGAGCCGGGGGGGGGGUGGGCUGCACAGAGUCCCAGAGGAGCCCAGAAGAGAGACGAUGCCAUGAGCUGGGCAGACAAUCAGUUGAGGGGGAAUAGCUCGGCAGCCAGCCGUCCGUCUGCCUCGGGCUGACAUGGGGCAGGACAGGCUGGGAGCCAGAGAGCCACGGGGCUUGUGUGUGGCCAGCGCAUGCCAUUCCUAGGCAACACAGCCCAGCCAGUGCCACCGGGGACAGGCUGGCAGCCUGGUCCUUGGGGUCCCUCUGAUGACAGGAGGGUGUCACUCCCUAGCGCCCCCGAGGGGCAGCGCAGCCAUCCCCACGGGUAUUUUAUCACCAGCAGUGGCCAGUGCCUGGGGCUUCAAAGGAAGAUUUGGCCCCAUCUCCUGCCCUGCACAUGGGCAGGUUCCUCUGGACCCCGGCUGCAGAUUAUCUCCAGCCCUGGGUCUGAGAUGCCACGGCCCCUGUCAUUCUCUGUGCAGACGCAGUUCCUGUUCACACCGAUAGCCUUGUUGGAGCUGUGCUGAGCCAGCUGCCAUUACAAUCUCUUGCAGCAGCAAGUUCCGCAAGUAAACUGCAUGCUGCACCAAGGCACUUCCCAGGAUCUGCCCCCCUGUCCCUCAGGCCGGGUCCUGCGAGGUGGGGCCUGUUCCCCAUUCCUGAUAGCUGAGUGGAGCUGUUCAUCUGGGCAGGGAGGCAGGUUCAAUGUGCUCCUAGCCUGGCAGGCCUUGGCAGUGGUGGGAGAAGUGGGAUGAGCGCUGCUGUCAGGGCUGAGGGUGUGCGCAACAAGGCAGAGCCGGGGCAGCCUGGGGAAUUUCCCCGGGGAAGCAGCUCCAUGACCAGGGCCCAUCAGCGGGGAAAGACAGGUGUGACAGAGCCCAGGGCAGCAGACAUCCCUGGCCAGCCAUCCCCACUGGUUGUGUAGGCUACUAGGGUUGAUUAUACCUUGUCAAGCCUGCGUGGCUCUCGACACUGCCAGGUGGGUGGGACCCACCCGUCCUGCUCUCUGCUGGGUAUGGGAAGGGGGGCACUGAGCCCUGUGCCGCUAGAGGUCAGAUGGUGCACUGGGGCAGACAGCCCACCCAGCGCCCGGCUGCCCAAGCUGCAGCCUCUUUGUCAGGGAGUGGCAGCCGAGGGCUGGGCUGGCACCAACUCAGCAGCGCCCAAGCGGGGAGGCAGGAGGGCUUGUGGGACCUGGAUCUGAAUCCCCCGGAAACAAUCUGAACUGGAGCCGCCCUUUGCAUGGGGCCCUGUGCCUAGACGGGGACAAACCAGGAGGCUGGCGCCAGCCCCUGCCCCACCACAGGUCGCUGGCGCUCAAGCGCCGCAUGCUCUGGUCCCCAGGCAGGACCAUUCCCCCUGUGCCCCCUCCAGGGCUUUCUGCAGGCUGGGGAGCCGAGGCUCCCUCCCAUGCCCCAAGAGCUAUUCCCCAGCAGGAUCCGGCUCCCGGACGAUGGCCAGCAAUGCUCCCUCAUCCUCUGCCCCAGAGAUCUUGCUGUCAGGACAGGUUUUUAAUGCUCCUUCCUUUGUUCUAUCCCCCUGGCCCCAGGGCCCAGCUCUCACCCCCCACCCCUCGCUAGCAGCUCCACCCCAGAGCCCCAGCACCCCGGCGUGGUUUGUUCCUCACUGCCCCCCCCUUGUUCCCACACCUCUAGGCUGAGCGAGGGCCCCUUUGUGGGUGGGGCUGAGCCUCACUCUCAUCCAGACAGCCCCGCCCCCUUCCAUCUGGUGGGGCUGGGGUCGCUCUGGGUUUGGAGGGGAGCAUUGUCAUUUUGGCUGCCCUCUUGCUCCUCUCCUGCGCCGGCAACUGCAUUCAGCACCAGUGCCCUGCCCCACCCCCGGCUGCAUGGUGUGUGCCCCUCACCGGGCACUGGGCCCCACUAGCCGCUUUGCAUUUUCAACUCUGUAUAUUUUGUAUAAUAACAAUGAUCAAAAAUACAAUAAAAUCCAACCACAGUCGCUAUG